AAAAAUCAAAGGGAAUAUUAUUUUGUCUAUAAAUAUAUAUGUUGUACUGUGUUCUAGUGUUGAAUGAAAUAUAAUACUUACUAUACUCAGAAGUGAGAAGCAUCAAUGGCUAUGGAUUUCAAGUCUAUCCCUCUAAUAGAUAUUAGUCCUCUUUUGGAGAAAUGGGAUCAUCCAAAUGUGGCCCAAGAUGAAGGUGUAGCUCAAGUUGUUAGAGAAUUAGAUCAGGCUUGUAGACAUGCUGGAUUCUUUUAUGUGAAGGGGCAUGGCAUCCCAAUUUCCCUUAUGGAAGAGAUCAAAAGUGUUACGCGCGAAUAUUUUCAUCAACCCUAUGAAGAGAAAAUCAAGAUCAAACUUUCUGCAGCAACUGGAUACAGAGGAUAUCAAAGACUUCGAGAGAAUAGAACUAAAGGCAUACCUGAUAUGCAAGAAGCUAUUGAUUUCUAUAGAGAAAUAAAACAUGGGAUGUAUGGAGAUCUUGGAGAAGUUAUACAAGGAUCCAACAUAUGGCCUAGUAACCCUUCAAAGUUCAAACAGGUGAUGGAGCACUAUAUUGACCUUUGCACAGAUGUAUCGCGUAAGAUAAUGAGGGGAAUUGGUCUAGCGUUGGGUGGAUCAGCAGAUGAAAUGGAAGGGAAAAUAGCCGGUGAUCCAUUUUGGAUCUUGAGAACAAUUGGUUACCCUGCUUCAUCCAUCUUAGAUGAACAUCAUAAGGCUGAUAAUGUUGUUGGAUGUGGAGAGCAUACAGACUAUGGACUAUUGACGUUACUCAACCAAGAUGAUGACAUAGUUGCACUUCAGGUGAGAAACAAAUCCGGUGAAUGGAUAUCAGCACCACCAGUUCCUGGAACAUUUGUAUGCAAUAUAGGAGAUAUGUUGAAGAUCUUAUCAAACGGAAUUUAUGAAUCAACGUUGCACCGUGUCAUCAAUAACACUCCCAGAUAUCGUGUUUGUGUAGCCUACUUUUAUGAGCCCAACUUCGAUGCUACAGUAGAGCCACUGGAUGUGUGUUCACAGAAGACUGGUGGCACCAAGAGUUUUGAAGGAGCUGUUUACGGGAAGCAUUUGGUCAGCAAAGUCUUCAACAAUUUUGCGAUGUAGA